UAAAGCGUGACUGGCACUCUAUCUUCUCAUCGGCGCCGCUGUAAUCCACUAGGGUUUCAAAAUCCCCGCCAAAUUUUUCUCUCAAUCAAAGCGUGUCUGCCACUCUACAUUGUCUUCGGCGCCGCUUGUAAUAAGAGUUUCAAAAUCCCCGCCAAAUUUCUCCUUCUCGAUCAAAAUCUUUCAGAAAAAUGGAUGCAGAUGAUCACCCCGAGAACUCCCAAUCUCGCAAAUCCAAUGCAUUGCCCAAGGAUGGCAAUGGCUCGCAAUCAAGCUUCUCCCACUUACCACCACCUCCAACUCCGAGGGAGUUCAUCCUCUCCGUCGCCUCCAAGAUCGCUUCCCAACCUCUGCAGAACUAUGGUUCUAAUGUAUGGGGUGUUCUCACUGCGAUUUCCGACAAUGCCCGUAAACGCCAACAGGGUAUGAAUAUUCUUUUAACUGAAGAUGAACAUUUGCUUGGCCGAGUGGUAGCAGAUAGUCGGUACCAGAUUGAAUCUAAUUCGAUCAGUGCCAACCAUUGCAGAAUUUAUAGGAAGAGGAUUUCCACUAAAGAUGCUUGUUGUCCAUCAGUUUUUCUGAAAGAUACAAGCACAAAUGGAACGUAUUUAAACUGGGAGAGGUUGAAGAAGAAUAGUCAGGAGGCUAAAAUCUGCCAUGGGGACAUCAUAUCGCUUGCUGCAGCUCCACAGCACGAAGUUGCAUUUGCAUUUGUUUAUAGAGAAGUGGUUGCAUUUACUUCAUCAUCAGAUGGUGGACCUGCAAAACGAAAAGCAGAGAAUGUUGUUUCUGAAAACAAAAGGUUAAGAGGUCUUGGCAUUGGUGCUCCUGAUGGUCCAAUAUCUCUUGAUGAUUUUCGAAGUCUUCAACGUUCAAAUAAGGAGCUUAGGAGGCAGUUGGAAGAUCAAGUGCUUACGAUUGAUGCAUUGCAUAAAGAGAAUCGUGCAUCCAAGGAGCAUCAUGAACUUGAGGUCAAAAAGGUUCGAGAAUCUGUAUCAAAAUUGUAUGAUGAUGAAAUUGCCAAGUAUCAGCAGUCGACUGACCGUGACCAGAGGGAACUUGGGGAGGCUGCUAGAUUAGCUUCAGAGCAAAAACAUUCUAUAGAAGAUCUUCAAGAAAGACUAAGUGCUACUGCACAGUCAUGCAAGGAAGCAAAUGAAGUAAUAAAUAGCCAGAAGGCAUCUUUAAGCAAACUGAAAGGCCAAAUUGAUGAAGAACGUGAUCAGAGACGAGAAGAGCGAGAGAAGGCUGCUGCAGAUCUGAAGGCAGCUGUACAGAAAGCUCAUGCAGAGGCUCAAGAUGAAGUAAAACGCCUUUCUGAUGCUGCCUCAAUGCGGGAAAGAGAACAACAAGAAGUAAUCAAUAAACUUCAGGAAUCCGAGAAAGAACGUUGUUUGCUGGUGGAAACACUGAGGUCCAAGUUGGAGGAGACAAGACAAAAGUUAGUUACAUCAGACAACAAAGUUCGCCAGCUAGAAUCGCAACUCGGUGAACAGCAGCUAUCUUGUGCGAAUGAAAGAAAAAAAGUUGAAGAGCUUGAAGGUGGAGUAAAAGAACUGCAGAAAGAGCUUGAGAGUGUAAAGCAGGGAGCAAGAGAAGAGGCUUGGGCUAAGGUAUCAUCUUUGGAACUUGAAAUAAAUGCUGCAAUAAGGGAUCUUGAUUUUGAGAGGAGGAGGUUGAAAGGUGCUAGAGAGAGAAUUAUGCUUCGGGAAACGCAGCUACGAGCAUUUUAUUCGACCACCGAAGAAAUUUCUGCUUUGUUUGCCAAGCAGCAGGAACAGUUGAAAGCAAUGCAGAGGACUCUUGAAGAUGAAGAGAAUUAUGAAAACACUUCUUUUGAUUUUGACCUCAAUGUAUCCCUUGAGGCUGCAAAUGGGAUUCUACUUGGAGAAAGAGUACAGGAGAACUAUUGUAACAAAUCUGCCAAAACUAGUUCGGCCAUGUCAGCUCAGAGGUUUGAUCCAAUCCAAGCCGAGACAUCUACCGAAGAAGCCAGCACUGAAAAGAAUGACGGUAAUAUUAGAAGUCAAGAUUGUGAAAAUACUCAAGAGGUAGAGUUUACAAGUGCUGAUGCUGGCGUUAAGGGUGGUUUUGGUUCAGACAUCGAUGGCGUUGGCACGGCUCCUGUUUUGGAAGGAGAUGCAGUUGGGACCGAACGAGUUCUUGAAACCGAAAGCCCUGGAGUUGAUGGCGAGCGAAACACGGAUUCGAACAAGGGCAUUGCCUUAGCAGGGGAGACAAUGUGUCUCGAUGAUGAAGGUCGCGCAGGAGAAACAAAUGAGCAGGGUAAAAUGAUUCAUCAGGAAGCCUGUUGUCAUUCUCAGACAAAUCAAAUAUGUGAUGCUGUCGAUGUCGAUGCGAGGGAAGAUACCGAAGCAGGUGGAACUGUCAGAACCGCAGACCUUUUAGCGUCUGAAGUUGCUGGUAGCUGGGCUUGCAGUACUGCUCCAUCAGUUCACGGCGAAAACGAGUCUCCAAGAAGCCGAGGCAAUGAGGAAGAAGGUGGUAGAGCUCUUCAAGACUCCAACAGCCCGGUGGCAGGGAGUCAAAGUGCUCCCUCCACUGCCGCUGCAACAAGACGGAACUUUGAGCAUCAAGCAUUAAGUGAGAUGAUCCAAAUCGUCGCUCCCGAAUCCAAACACUUUUUUGGCUCUAGAGAGGAUGGUUGUGAGAGGGGAGGAGAGGAGUCAGCGUCUAGCUCAGAUACCGAAAAUUGCACGGACAACGAUGACGAUGCAAUCAAUAAUAACGAAAAGGAAGCAAAAGAAGGGCGAGUCUCAGAUUCAGAAACUCAAGGAGUCGACCUCGUGGAUCCAGAACUAGAUGAUCCAAUGGAUCAAGAUGAUGAAGCCACACAAGAAGAUUCUCUAGGAUAAAUUUGGUAGAAGCUAGAGCUGUAAAUAUUAAAGCAUUCUUUGAUCUUCUCAUGUCUUCUCCAGGCAUAUUAAUUUAAUCUGCCGAGCUUUAUUUUA